UGUCAAUCUUCACUUGGUCUGACAUGUUUGGUGUAUUUCCAAAAUAUAACCUUAAACCUAUCGCUAAUAACAAUUUUUUUUUUUUAAGAAAAGUUACAUUUGUUUGAUAAUAUUAAAAACACAUUAGGUAUGUCCAAAAUUGUUCCAUUCAUCAAUUCGAUAUCAAAGAGAUGGAUUUCUCUCUCCGCCCCAAGGGAGGGAAAGAGAAAUUUUAGGAAAUUUCUUACUCCGAACAAAAGAGGCUCAAAAUUCCACAAAUUGCGACAAAUGGGGCCAAAUCGUGAGCUACCGAUAGACAAACGAGGUGUACGUGAUACAGGAUAUGAAUUAAAUGGAAAAUUUGUGCCUGUACCAGAAAUGAUUCCUGAAUUAAUUGUACCCGACUUAAAAGAUUGCACUUUUAAACCUUAUGUCUCAUAUAAAACUGAAGACGUUAUCCAAAGUGAAUUUACAUCCCAACAACUAUUUGAUGCAGUUUAUAGUAAGAAGAUUGUUUUGGACUUUCAGCAAGGUAAACUGGAUGAAAAUGACCAACCCAUUGAACCAUCGGAGGAAGAAAAAUUACAGCCUGAUGAGGCUGUAGUCAGAGCCAAGAGAACUGGUUCUGAUAUAUUUUAGUUGUGAUUAUAGUUAUUGUGUUAUUAUAGUAAAAUAGAUAUUGUAGGAAGUAA